AUGACGUGGCAUAAUGAGCCCAGUUUUGCCACUACUGAUCAUUUCAGAAGUCUUGCUAUCAAUUCCGGCGGUAUGCGCGCCGCCGCUGCUCUCACAAUCACCUGGCUUAUCAGCGCAAAUGUUCAUAGCGUCGUCAGCACCCGGUUUGCAGGCAAUGAAGAAAUUCAUGAUGAAGGGCAUAUCAAGCAACAUCUACAAGACAAGAUCGAGGUAGAAAAGAUGACAGAGGAACAAAAACGGUUUUACUAUUUCUCCAUGAAUGAUUUGGACCAUGAUAAUAGAAUUGAUGGCACGGAGAUAGUAAAAGCUUUGACACAUACACACGAAGGGGAAACAGGUACGCCUUUGUUUGAGAAAAUCCUUCUAAUUUUUGCACGUUCCUGA